CGAGGACUAUAAAACGGAGGCAAAAUGGAGCGAGAGAAAGAAAAAGAAGCAAAAACUGAGAAAGAGACAGCAAAGGAAGAGAAAGAGAGAAGAGAGAGAUGGCUCAGAGAAGAACCAAUGGAAGCAAACUGCUCCUGACAGUGUUGUACAUGGUGGCAGCAUGUAAAGCUGUUCCCAUCAGCGACCUCCUGGACCGAGCCUCUCAGCGCUCUGACAGGCUUCACUCCCUUAGCACGAUGCUCACACGGGAGCUGGACUCUCAUUUCCCUCCGAUAGGCAGAAUGAUCAUGCCUCGCCCUGCGAUGUGCCACACCUCCUCUCUGCAGACGCCCAAUGACAAGGAACAAGCUCUGCAAGUGUCAGAGUCAGACCUGCUGUCUUUGGCUCGAUCCCUGCUCCGGGCCUGGGUGGACCCCCUGCUGGUCCUGUCCUCCUCUGCUAACACCCUGCCUCAUCCGGCCCAGAACAGCAUCUCCAACAAGAUCCAGGAGCUGCAGGAGCACUCCAAGAACCUGGGAGACGGCCUGAACAUACUGUCUGGGAAGAUGGGUCCGGCUGCUCAGACCAUGUCCCUGCUCCCCUACAGAGGAGGCAAUGAUCUCGGCCAGGACAAGAUCUCCAAACUGAUCAACUUCCAGUUCCUGCUGUCCUGCUUUCGCCGGGACUCCCACAAGAUUGACAGCUUCCUGAAAGUCCUGCGCUGCCGGGCGGCAAAGAUGCAGCCUGAGAUGUGCUAAACGGUGAAGCAGCCAGCGUGGCUCUGAGGGGAAACUGCUCUGAAAGCCUGUGAUGUCUACCAACUACAGAAAUACCACACAAAUGGUGGACAUUAUGAGGUUUCAGAGAGUGAGGAUAAUGAGGAGCUAUAUGACACUGUAAAAAAACUGUUUGUAAUUUUACGGUGGAAAACUGUCAAACCAUGACGGUAAAAAUCUGUAACCUCUAAAACAGUUUGAUGUAGUUUAUCUAACACCAAAUCACCGUAAAUAAGGAGAAAAUUAUGUUUCUUAGAUUUGUUUUCUCUUGAAAAAACACAUUUCCCAACUCCUGCACAGUUUUCAAUGGAAAAAUGCCAUAACAUGCAUAACAAUACUGUAAUUUUUGCAUUUAAUUCUCAAAAAGAAUACAGUUAUUCCUAGCGAAACGUACAUAUUGUUGUACUGAUAAUGGAAACAUUACAUUGCUAUAUUUAAAACAAGCAACAUGGCAAUUUCUGCAUUCAUUACAUGUAAAAACUACAGUUUGUUACCGGUCAAAUUGAUGUACUUUUGUGUUAAUAACAGACAUAUGAUUUAAUAUUUAUGACAGCUUUAUCUGCUUUUUUCCCCUAAAAAAUACACAUAUUUAAAGCUAAAUACACUAACUGUUGUGCUGAUAAAGGAAAAAUGCUGAAAUACUUUCAAUAAGUUACACAAAGUUCUGGUAUUUUCAUGUAAAUUUUCAAAUAUUUAAAGGUUAAAACUUUUCAUUUACGGUAAAAUAUGGAAUGAAGCACGUUCUUUAACCCUAAAAUCAACAAUAUCAGUACAUUCAGUACAAAUCUGUGUGUAAAACCUCCUCCUUAUCUUUCCCCUCUGUUGAAGCAGUUUCCCAUCAAAGUCAAGCUGCUAAAGUGCCUUUACUGGCGCUGGCAGAGCUUUUUCUUCCUAACUAAUGCUUGACUGAUGACAUACUGCAGCAUUUGCACUUUAGAUUUAAUUAUGCUGUCAAAAAAAAAAAAGCAUCAUGAAUGCAGCGUCUAUUCACUGAGCUACUUCUUUAAAUUCUGUAUAUCAAUAAAAAUCCCUUGCACAGUAAAA